AUGUCUAUCCCCGCCUUCUCCGACAUUGCCAAGCCGGCCAACGACCUCCUUAACAAGGACUUCUACCACCUGUCCGCCACCACCUUCGAGUUCAAGGACACUGCUCCCAAUGGCGUUGCCUUCAAGGUGACCGGCAAGUCCAGCCACGAGAAGGCCACCUCUGCUGCUAUUGAGGGAAAAUACACCGACAAGCCUACCGGCCUGACCCUGACCCAGACCUGGAACACCGCCAACGCCCUCGACACGAAGAUUGAGGUCAGCGACUCCCUCGCCAAGGGCCUCAAGCUCGAGGGUCUCUUCAACUUCCUGCCCGCCACCGCCGCCAAGGGCGCCAAGUUCAACCUGCUCUUCAAGCAGCCCGGCUUCCACGGCCGCGCCUUCUUCGACCUCCUCAAGGGCCCCACCGCCAACGUCGACGCCGUCGUCGGCCACGAGGGCUUCCUGGCCGGUGCCAGCGCCGGCUAUGAUGUCAACAAGGCUGCCCUGACCGGCUACAGCGCCGCCGUCGGCUACAUCGCCCCCCAGUACAGCGCCGCCAUCACCGCCACCGACAACCUGAGCGUCUUCGCCGCUUCCUACUACCACAAGGUCAACAGCCAGGUCGAGGCCGGUGCCAAGGCCACCUGGAACUCCAAGACCAGCAACACUGUCGGCCUCGAGGUCGCCAGCAAGUACCGCAUUGACCCCGUCUCCUUCGCCAAGGUCAAGAUCAACGACCGUGGUAUUGCCGCCCUUGCCUACAACGUCCUCCUCCGUGAGGGUGUCACCCUGGGUCUCGGUGGCUCUUUCGAUACCCAGAAGCUCGACCAGGCUACCCACAAGCUCGGUGCCAGCUUCACCUUCGAGGGUUAA